UAGUACUUGCUAGUCCACUUUUUAAACAAAAAUGCGGGAAACAAAAACAGAAGCAAAACCUGAACCGGUAGUUUUAUAGACUAGAAUAUAUUUGAUGGGAGGGAUAUUUUGUAAUAUUAUCCUAAUUUAGCUCAUGAGGUAGAAUGUAACGAUGGAUUUAUUAACAAUCUUUGAGCGAGACGAAACGGCAAGAUGACUUCGAGCAUCGAAAUUGAUGAACUGUUUAAACAAGCAGCUAAGUUCUACUAUGACAAGAAAUUCAUCAAAUGCCAAACUAUACUAGAUAAAGUUAACUUUAACAGGUUUGACUUCAGAGAGUGGGUACUUGAAAACAACAAACUUCUAUGCAACCUUAAAAAGAAUGCGAACAGUGCAGAACUCUGUCCUCUCCUCGAAAGGUUUCAAUCUCUCAUCCAAAGAAUUCAAGGUCUGCCCCCCCAAGAGACCUGCUUGACAUGGGAACUGGUGAUCAGCUUUAACUAUAGCUUUCUACUCCUGUGUUGUCAUGACAUGAUUGGCAGCUGUCAUAAAGCUUGUGUUGUCCUGACCAAUAGUAUCAUAAGAGCCCUCAAGUUGUUCGGUAGCCCAUGUCCUGGUGUUAUGUCUGAAUCCACUGCAACCUUGAGUGACACCUGUCAAUCAUUGCUUCAAAGCAUCAUGGGAACAUUAUCAAGGUCACUAGUUCCAGCUCCUGUGAUUUUGAGCUGUUUGAUGUUGGCUAUUGUCUGGAUCUCACUUUCGAAAGUCAGUGAAGCAACAAAACUACUUGAGGCUUUGCACUAUUAUCUGGAGCAAAAGGGCGAGAGUUCUCAUCGAGAUCAGGAAACCUUCGACAGCGUAGUGCUAAGGGUAGACCCGGCGCUUGGGAAAGAUGUUUUUCCCCUGUCUCUUCUUGGACCCGUCGAUAGUUCAGGUUGCCAUGUUAUUGAGUGGCAGGUGUCACUCCUUCUAGCUAUUUGUCAUUUCUACCAAAAGGAGCAAGAUAAGGCCUUCAAUCUCCUCCGUAACAUGCCCCAGACAAGUGAAGAGAGCGCAAUCGUAUUUUACUGGAUGUAUCUGAAAGGUCUCAUCCAUUUCGAGAAGGAAUCGUUUGGCGAGGCCCUCGCUUGUCUUUCCGUUUGUGAGACGAACACUGAUGAGGUACCAAACUCUCACAAAGCUGCAGUGGAUAGGAUGAUUGGCAGAUGUCUCUCAAAAAAGGGGAGGCAUCACACUGCAAUUGCAAGGCUCAAGCAAGCUCUGGUCAACAGCCUCUCCCCUGACGCCAUGCUCGACUUGGCAUUGGAAUUUGAGCACCAGGGCAAAACAAGUGUAGAAUUCACACUCUUGAGAUCCUUGAUUCAGGUUCUAUCCUUGACGAAAACCGCAGGCACCCCGUCGCUACUUUGUGGCGGGCUUGAACGCUUUACGCAUGCGCUUGACAAUAGGACGGUCUCUCUGCAAUACGCCAGCUACCACAUGGCAAGGCGGUGCUUAGAAGAAAAAAGGUUCGAGGAGGCAGCGAACGCGUUCUUGGAUGUUUUAGUUUCUCUGGCCGAUCAACCAAUAAGCGAGAAACCUGUCUUAUCGACCUUAUGCUUCCCACCGAUGCAGUUACUUUACCGAGACUGCGCACUUGCGUUACUAUGCGCGCGCAGAUACGAGGAUUGCUUGACAAUCUGUGACCACAUCUCCGAGUCUUACACGGAUAGAACUGAGGUCGCAGAAUCUGAGAACUCAAUGGCAGAAACUGCGUCUGGUGUGAAAAGGCCACGCAUACCCAGUACUGAUAGCACCGCUGACUAUCGUGAUGGCAGGCUCGAUGUAUCUGACAUGGAGCUAGCGCUUUACAAGGCUUGGUCGCUUUGGCAGAUGGAGCUGCCUCUCCCAUCCCUAGAAUGUCUACACAGGUUACUUCAGACCCUUGAUGGGCUCAAGUUGUCACCGCUAGACAAGGAGUACACACAGCGUACAAAGAGACGAAAACUGGACUCAAGUGAGCAAGGGGGCGUAGAUGAUGGAGAUCACAUGGACAAGCACACCGCAGUAAGACACGUUAAGGUGACUUAUCUUGCGCAAGCUCAUCUCUGUCGUGCCCUGGUAAUGCAGUCAUUGCAGCAAGACAAGGACUCACUUGAAGAGCUUACGGAGAGUCUGACCUGGCACCCGGAUAGCACCGCAUCAUUGUACCAUCAUACUGCCCUGCUGUUCAAAUUUGACAGAGGGAUUGAGGCCGCCCGCAACUGGCUAACUCACAGAGGCCUGGUAACGAAUGAUCAGCCUCAACUUGGUGUCAGUGGUCCCUUUUUUAGUUCAACCACAGGCAUCCCAGAAUCGCUUUGGAUCUCUGAACAUCAGAUAAAGCAAAUGGACACUCUUGCACUGCAGCCUCACAAGUGAAGCUAUGACAAUACUCAUUCAUAGGGAUAACUGAUGUAUCCCAAAUGAAGGCCAAACUACAAUUGAUUUUUCAAAAGAAGUUAAAGUAAUCAAGUCACAAAUGCAUCGCUUGUUCCUGGCGCUCUUUGUGGGUUCCCUGUGGUAGAAAACGUCACAUCAUCCGAACCAGCCCCUCUUCCCUCACGGCUUACCACAGGAAUACUGAACAGAAAUCUAGGGACUUUGCUGUGCUCUGAUGCUUUGUCUUAUCCUGUAAUGGCGGUGUGAAAUUGCACAGAAAUUAGGGACCUUAACCAAGGCGAUGAAGACGGCUAGGACAACGCGAUCGAAAAAGAUUUUUUCGCGCGUGGCGAUUAAUAAUAAUUUAAUUGCAAUAGAAUAAGGAAAACAUAGUCAGGGACAGAUAAAAAAUAAACUGAGGACAUUAUUUCUACAGUAGCGAACGUAGUUAGUGGAGUUGACAGUGUAAACAUCCGUGUUCUCAAUUGACCGUGAAACUUUGAGUUUUCACGUUCAUGUUUUUACGGAAAACGGCUGAAAUGUAUCAGACAGAACGCAUUUAUACGUGCCCUUAUUGAAUUCUAAAUCAAAUUCCAUUGUUUUCUGCCAUCGCCAUCAGCGUUGCAGUCGUCGUUGCUUAAGGUCCCUAUUGUCUUUCUGCAUGGUUAUAAUUUCUGGGUUGGUAUGAGAUACAGUGUCAUUGCUAUGUUGUUUGAAGCCAAACCAAAAAAAAUGCAUCAAAAUACCAAAAAAAAAUGGAAAAAAGGUAAAACAUUACAUGAAUGUAUUUUCCACAUAUCAUUCAAUACAUUUAUAGUUUGAUACCCUAAAACAUACCCGUAGCAAGCCUCGAAUUAUUGUGGGGGCACGAUACAGAAACAUCAAGAAUACAAUUGGGGGGCACAGCCACGCCGCUACUGGUCAUUUUCUUAUAAUUUUUUUAAAUAUUUGGGUGCCCCCAGUGCCCCACUCCCUGCUAUGGUCCUUUAAAAUCAUUUUAUUUAACACUUAAAACUUGUUUACAUACAGUUGUUUACAUUAAUUGGUAGAACUUUAACAUAUUUAUAUUUUUAAAAGGCUGUAGGGACAAUCCUAACUGCUUGCCUAGCUAAGCCUUUGGGAUUUUUAUCAAUGAUGGUUGUCUGCAUCAAAAACUAAAAAAAACGUUGACAAGAAGUUGUUGUUUAUAAAAGUCCCCUUUACUAGCAGGUUGCAAAAUCUAAAUUAAAAGUUUCUCCAAGCACAAAUCUACAGUUAAAAUGGUUAUAAAUAUCUAUUGAUUAGACACACAAGUUAUAAGAUAACUUCUUAAAUAGUACUUCUAAGACAAUAUGUAUGUAGCCAUUGUAACUACUGGGACUGUCAAGAAGGUUUUUCACACCCAUUUUAAGGCCACCAGAGUAAUCGUAAUUGUAAUCGGUGCUCGAAAAAUGGGUUUGAAAAACCACCAUGACAGUCCCAGUAGAAUUGUAAUUUAUAUAUACAAAUAAACAUAUUUUUGUUCCUAGAGGAAAAACAGUAUGAUAAAACAAUUUUUAUGAAAAUA